CGGCGAGCGGGGACAGCGCUGUGCUGCCUGAGGUCUCCGAACCGCUCGCCAUGGCUGGCCCGCAGCAGCACCCCCCUUACCUGCACCUGGCGGAGCUGACGGCGUCCCAGUUCCUGGAAAUCUGGAAGCACUUUGACGCAGACGGAAAUGGGUAUAUUGAAGGUAAAGAGCUAGAAAACUUUUUCCAAGAGCUGGAGAAGGCAAGGAAAGGCUCUGGCAUGAUGUCGAAGAGUGACAACUUUGGGGAGAAGAUGAAGGAGUUCAUGCAGAAGUAUGACAAGAAUGCAGACGGGAAAAUCGAGAUGGCAGAGCUGGCGCAGAUCCUGCCAACCGAGGAGAACUUCCUGCUGUGCUUCAGGCAGCACGUGGGCUCCAGCGCCGAGUUUAUGGAGGCUUGGCGGAAGUAUGACACAGACAGAAGUGGCUACAUCGAAGCCAACGAACUGAAGGGAUUCCUGUCUGACCUGCUGAAGAAGGCGAACCGGCCGUAUGAUGAACCCAAGCUCCAAGAAUACACCCAAACCAUACUACGGAUGUUUGACUUGAAUGGGGAUGGCAAAUUGGGCCUCUCAGAGAUGUCCCGACUCUUGCCCGUACAGGAAAAUUUCCUGCUUAAAUUUCAGGGCAUGAAGCUGACCUCAGAAGAGUUCAACGCGAUCUUUGCAUUUUAUGACAAGGAUGGAAGUGGCUACAUUGAUGAGAAUGAACUGGAUGCCCUUCUGAAGGAUCUGUAUGAGAAGAACAAGAAGGAAAUGAAUAUCCAACAGCUCACCAACUACAGGAAGAGUGUCAUGUCCUUGGCUGAGGCAGGGAAGCUCUACCGCAAGGACCUGGAGAUUGUCCUCUGCAGCGAGCCCCCCCUGUAAAGGGGGGACAAGGGCUGCUUCUCCACCUCCCCCAAACCUGCCCCUGCUGCCCAGCCCCUUUUCCCAGACCCGGAGAUCAUGAGCGCCCCUCCCCCACCCCUGCAACCUGCACAGGCCAGCCUGCAGAGCAGGAAAGGAGAGAUGGAGGAUGGGCUGCUGAUGGGCCUCCUGGAGCCCCCUCCAACCCAGCCCUGAUGUGAGUGACAUACUGGUCUGCCUGUAGCAGGGCAACAACCACAUGGAAGGUGGGCGGGGCACGGGUGGAGAUUCCCUCAUUCUUUCGCUGUGAUGCAUGAGCUCAGUCACUGUAUGAUUUAGGCUUCCAUGUCCAACAGAGCAGACCCUUCCCUCUUGCUCCCUUCCGCCUCUCCCCCAUGCCACCACCCACCCCAAACUCCCAGGUGCCAUCCACCUCCUGGCUAAUGGUGUAGC